AUCCGCUGUCAUGUGAGGUUCCAAAUCGGCAAGAAACAACUCACGAGAAGAUCUUUCCCCCUUUUGGUGAUUCUAAUUCUAGCAGACCUCAAUGAAAUAGUUCAAUUUUAGCAGUACUCCUUCUUUUGCAGGCGAUGGCACCUUCCGCCGCUAGCGUCCGCCCCGUUGAAGUGUCGGGGCCACCACCACCGACACCAGCAACGGAACCACCUGCCUCGACCUGGGUCCGGGAGAGCAACCUGCACUGGUACCAUCGAUGGGUGAUCCGGGUGCUGCAGGCCGGCCCGAUACCGCGGCACGUCGCGUUCAUCAUGGACGGUAACCGGCGGUACGCCCGGAAAGCGAACAUUGCCAAAGCGGAAGGCCACUCGGCCGGGUUCGAGAAGCUGUCGGAGACGCUCCAGUGGUGCCUGGAGGUGGGCAUCACCGAGGUGACGGUGUACGCGUUCAGCAUCGAAAACUUCAAGCGCACGCAGGAGGAGGUGGACACACUGAUGAAUCUGGCCAGGGACAAAUUCCAGCGCCUGCUGGCCGAGCGGGACAAGCUGCAUGAGCGCGGCAUCUGCAUCCGCAUCAUCGGCAACUGGGAUCUGCUCGAGCCGGACAUACGGCGCAGCAUCGCGGAAGCGGUCCUGCUGACGCGCCACAACCGCAAGGCGAUCCUGAACGUGGCGUUCGCGUACACGUCCCGGGACGAGAUCACACAUUCCAUCCGCACCGUCGCGCAGGCGGUCGGCGAUGGGCAGCUCGAGCCGGACGACGUCAGCGAGGAGCUGCUGACCCGCUGCCUCUACACCAAGUAUUCUGCCGAGCCGGAUCUGCUGGUGCGCACGUCCGGCGAGGUGCGGUUAAGCGACUUUCUGCUCUGGCAGUCGGCCACCACCGUGAUGUACUUUACCGAGACGCUGUGGCCCGAGUUCACCAUCUGGCAUCUGCUCGGCGCCGUCUUCUCCUAUCAGCGGGUGCGCUGGCGCAUGGUGGACGUGCGGAAGGCGCUAGACCACUACACCGACGAGGGUGUAGCAUCGGCGUGCGGCAAGCGUAACGAACGCGUCGGCCGCUUUCUCGAGUACGUGGAGCGGGAGGAGGAACAUCACCUGGUGCGGCUGGUGCGGGGGAUGGGUAUAAAGUAGAGCCGCCGCGCACAGCACGCCGUUCUCUCCGCGGGGGUGGCCCGUGAGCGUGUGCGGGGAAUUGUGUAAAAUUUUGUUUUUUCUUUUCACUAGGUGUUACGUUUACAUAAAACAAUGCUAGAACUAUGAAAAUCGCAUAAAAACACACACACUUACCGUUU